AAAUUAAUAAAUGAAUGAAUAUCAAUUUAUAAAUGAACAUUUCAAGAAAAAAAAUUCUGAUUCAACUGCUCAUGAGCAUUCACUUCGGGACGGCAGCCGUGAUGGCGCUGGCGGCUCGCGGCUCGCGGUACGCGCGCGUGCAUUGACAAUUCACGCUGGCGCGCACGUCACGUUAAUAGGAAAGUCUAAGCCAUGUCACAAAAAAGGAUGUAUCCCUCUGGUGCAGAAAAAAGAAAAAAGAAAAGGAAAGAGGAAGAGAAAAAAGAGCAAGAUAAAGGAACACUGUUGAAGUACUUUGGAGAACAACCAACUUUACCUUCCCCUAAUGUUUCAACUAGUGUCAGUGCCUCCACAGCUGAUGAUGCAGCAGGUUCAUCCGCUGCACAAGCGAUUAAAAGCGAGGAGCAGUUACAUGCGCCUGAAAGCAAGGAGCAGUUACAAGCACCUACAUUCACCGAUGCGUUGAUUUCAAAAUCAGCCGGCAUGACAGGUCCUUCUACAUCUGCACCCACUGCUAUAGAUUUACCAUCCCCUGCCUCAACAAGCUCCAGCUAUCAAGAUAGAUCAACAGCACCUCCAAUUGACCCAGUUGAAUGGUCAGCAUUCCUCUCAGACUUAGAAAGGACUGAACUGGUAAGAAGAGGGCCAGUGCCAAUCAGUGACACCUCUACAUUCCCCAAGAAAUCAGAUGGACGAAGCUUUCACUACCACUAUACAUACAGACAAUUAGUUAAUGGGGAAAAAAUCAAGCGAAGCUGGCUAAUUUAUUCAAAGAAAAGUUAUGCAGUUUACUGCUUCUGUUGCAAAUUAUUCUCAAGAAAGUCCACAAAGCUGUCAACAGAGGGACUGCGUGAUUGGGUAAAUGUAGGUGCUUUGCUGAAACAGCAUGAAAAUAGUGAAGAUCAUUGCAAUAAUAUGGUGAAGUGGAAAGACUUUGCCCUCCGUCUUUCUAAGCAGAAAACUAUUGAUGCAACAGAAAUGGCCCUUUUGGAUGCAGAAAGAAAUCGUUGGAAAGAUGUUCUCAUCCGUUUGAUUAGUAUCAUUCAAUCUUUGGCAGAGAGAAAUCUUGCACUCAGGGGGUCAGUUGAUACUUUGCAUCAGGCCAACAAUGGGAACUUCCUUAAAGAGGUGGAACUGAUGGCAAAAUUUGACACGGUGUUAAAAGAUCACAUCAGACGAAUUGAUAGUGGAAUGCAGCACAACACGUACCUGGGUAAGACUAUCCAGAAUGAGCUGAUAGAGUGUGUCAGUGACAAAAUAAUUGAGGUAAUGGUGGCAGAAAUCAAGGACUGCAAAUAUUCAAUAAUUUUACACUGUACACCUGAUGUUACUCACCAUGAACAAAUGUCUGUUGUGGUGCGCACAGUCACUCUGGGCACAACACCAGAAAUAAAAGAGCACUUUUUAGGAUUUCUGAUAGCUCCAGAAUCCACUGGCCUGGGUUUGUCCAAUCUAAUCCUUAACAGGCUUGAGGAAUUGAACAUUAUGACGAAAAAAAUGACACUUCAAGAGGCUUGAAGUGUCAUUUUUUAAUGCUAUAGUGGAUUGUAGCAUUCAGUGAUUGGAGGAUAGAUUUACAUCUUUAAGUGAGGUUAAAGAUAACUUUGGGGUGCUGUUCAAUUUUAGGGAGCUUGAUCAAAAAGUCAAUGUGAGCUUCUUGUGGAAAAACUCUCUUGUGGAGAGGAGGCUGAUAUUGAUGGUAGCGCACUGGCAUUAGAGAUAGAGAGUCUUCCUGAACUUCAUCAAACUAUGAAGACUGCCUUUGAGCUUCUCACAUAUCUCUCACAAAAUGAGAUGUUUGAGCUUUACCCAAAUGUUUGGGUAGCUCUCAGGAUAGCCUGCACUCUGCCUGUGACAGUUGCCUCAGCAGAGAGGAGCUUUUCCAAGCUCAAAUUAAUAAAAUCAUAUUUGAGAUCAUCAAUGGCUCAGGAAAGACUAAGUGGACUUGCAGUCAUUAGUAUUAAUAACAAAGUUGGCCAAGCACUACCAUACAAUGAUGUCAUCAGUGACUGCAUCCAGAAAAGCUAGGAAGGAACGAUUUUGAGGCAUUGCUGUACAAUUCAUUGUUGA